AUGGGGCGCGGCAGCGGCACCUUCGAGCGUCUCCUAGACAAAGCGACCAGCCAGCUGCUGCUGGAGACCGACUGGGAGUCCAUCCUGCAGAUCUGCGACCUGAUCCGCCAGGGGGACACGCAGGCAAAAUAUGCUGUGAGUUCCAUCAAGAAGAAAGUCAGUGACAAGAACCCGCACGUGGCCCUGUAUGCCCUAGAGGUCAUGGAGUCCGUGGUGAAGAACUGUGGCCAGACCGUCCACGACGAGGUGGCCAACAAGCAGACCAUGGAGGAGCUGAAGGAGCUGCUGAAGAGGCAGGUGGAAGUCAACGUCCGGAACAAGAUCCUGUACCUGAUCCAGGCCUGGGCGCACGCCUUCCGCAACGAGCCCAAGUACAAGGUGGUCCAGGACACCUACCAGAUCAUGAAGGUGGAGGGACACGUCUUCCCGGAGUUCAAGGAGAGCGAUGCCAUGUUCGCUGCGGAGAGGGCCCCCGACUGGGUGGACGCCGAGGAGUGCCACCGCUGCAGGGUGCAGUUUGGGGUGGUGACCCGCAAGCACCACUGCCGGGCCUGCGGCCAGAUCUUCUGCGGCAAGUGCUCCUCCCGGUCCUCCACCAUCCCCAAGUUCGGCAUCGAGAAGGAGGUGCGCGUGUGCGAGCCGUGCUACGAGCAGCUCAACAAGAAAGCGGAUGGCAAGGCCCCCCCCACGACAGAGCUGCCCCCGGAGUACCUGACCAGCCCCCUGUCGCAGCAGUCCCAGCUGCCCCCCAAGCGGGACGAGACGGCCCUGCAGGAGGAGGAGGAGCUGCAGCUGGCCCUGGCGCUGUCCCAGUCGGAGGCAGAGGAGAAGGAGAGGAUGAGACAGAAGUCGGGAUACACAGCGUACCCCAAGGCGGAGCCCACGCCCGUGACCUCGUCCGCACCCCCCGCCAGCAGCCUGUACGCGUCACCUGUGAAUUCGUCGGCGCCGCUGGCUGAGGACAUGGACCCCGAGCUCGCCCGGUACCUCAACCGGAACUACUGGGAGAAGAAGCAGGAGGAGGCCCGGAAGAGCCCCACGCCCUCGGCCCCCGCGCCCCAGGCGGAGCCCGCCGCCCAGCCCGUGGAGGCGCCGGCCGCCCCCGCGGUCGCCGUGGAGCCCCCGCCCCCGGACACGGACACGGACCCGCAGCCCCUCGCCUCCUGCGGGGGCCUCUUCAGCGAGCAGCAGUUCCAGAACGGGGAGCCGGAGGAGAGCCACGCGCGGCUCCUGAAGGCCCUGCAGAGCGCCGUCAGCACCUUCGUCAACCGCGUGAAGAGCAACCACGUGCGCGGCCGCAGCAUAACCAACGACUCGGCCGUGCUGUCCCUCUUCCAGUCCAUCAACGGCCUGCACCCCCAGCUGCUGGGGCUGCUCGACCGGCUGGACGAGCGCAGGCUGUACUACGAGGGGCUGCAGGACAAGCUGGCGCAGAUCCGGGACGCGCGGGGGGCGCUGAGCGCCCUGCGGGAGGAGCACCGGGAGAAGCUGCGCCGGGCGGCCGAGGAGGCGGAGCGCCAGCGCCAGAUCCAGCUGGCCCAGAAGCUGGAGAUCAUGCGGCAGAAGAAGCAGGAGUACCUGGAGGUGCAGAGGCAGCUGGCCAUCCAGCGCCUGCAGGAGCAGGAGAAGGAGCGGCAGCUGCGCCUGGAGCAGCAGAAACAGACCAUCCAGAUGCGCGCCCAGAUGCCCGCCUUCUCCCUUCCCUACGCCCAGCUCCAGGCCAUGCCCACGGCGGGCGGCGUGCUGUACCAGCCCUCGGGUCCCACCAGCUACCCAGGGACCUACAGCCCGGCAAGCUCGGUGGAGGGCUCCCCCAUGCACACCGUGUACAUGAGCCAGCCGGCCGCAGCCGCCGGAAGCCCCUACCCCAGCGUGCCCGGGGCCGGAGCAGAUCCCAGCGUGGCGAGCACUUACAUGUACUCAGCAGCGGUCACUGGCGCACAGACGGCCCCCCAGGGCCCGGCGGGACCCGCCGCCAGCCCUGCCUACUCCUCCUACCAGCCCACCCCCACCCAGGGCUACCAGGCCUUCCCUCCACAGACGGUGCCCUCGCAGCCCCCGCAGCCCGCCAGCGUGGCCUACAUGGGGACCCAGGCUGUGCCCAUGGGCUACCAGCCCUACGGCAUGCAGAGCCUCAUGGCCGCCCUCCCCAGCCAGGACGCCUCGCUGCAGCCCCAGCCGCAGCCCUACAUCACGGGGCAGCAGCCCAUGUACCAGCAGAUGGCACCUGCUGGCGGCCCUCCCCAGCAGCCGCCGCCCGUGGCCCAGCAGCCGCCCGCGCAGGGGCUGCAGGUGCAGGGCAGCGAAGCCCAGCUCAUCUCCUUCGACUGA